UCACCAACCGAUUGUUUCGGUCAACUGGUGGGAGAGGAUGAGGGGGGCGGUCGCGGGGAGGGUGACACCCUCUGGUGACUCUGGGGACGACUGUGAUGGUUGGGAGUGUGGUGGUGCUGCCGAUGUGGAUGUGACGAUGGACUGAGUGGGGGUGGGGUACAGCGGCGGGAAGAGCGGCCGCGGGAUGGCCCAGAACUGGGCGAUGAAGUAGACGCGAUAGCCCCAGUAGUGGCCGCCGUGGAUGGCGUGGGUCUGCCGGAUGGCCUCGCCCGUCGAUUGCCGAGUGACCAACGGGUCUGCCGGAUGGCCUCGCCCGUCGAUCACCGAGUGACUAAGGCCCACUGGCGGCCUGACACGAACCCACGACCACCUGCACACAAACGACAGCCAUGAGAACAUGACAAGAGAUGAUAUGACCUCCGCCAUGCCAUGUGUAUGUGUGUGUGUAGGUCUCGUACCUUUGCUCCUCCCACACGAGUUCUGCGCCGUUGCCCUUGUCGCCCUCCUCUGCCUCCAUGGGCCACUCCCCCUCUCUCGGCCAGACUGACUCACCGGUGUGUUAAUUGGCCGCGCCAUCCAUCACUCGGGCCCCC